AUGGGCAAAGCAUUAGGUCUCGACAUCGCCGCCAAGCGCAAGCGCACGCGCGCCGACUACCCAUACCACGAAGACUACCGAACAAGAUGGAACGACAACGACAUGUUCCACCACCUCAACAACCCCGUCUACGCCGUGCUCAUCGACUCCAUCAUCAACUCCUACCUCAUGCAAUACGCCGGCUACAGCACCGCCAAAUCCGCGCACAUCGGCCUCGUGGCCCACACCUACUGCGACUACUUCGGCUCCGCGCAGUACCCGGGGAUGCUCGACGUGGGGCUGCGGGUGGUGAAGCUGGGCACGAGCUCGGUGAUGUACGAGGUCGGCGUGUUCCAGGAGGGGCAGGAGGAGGUCAAGGCUGUGGGCGGGUUUAUUCAGAUUUGGGUGCUCAAGGCGACGAACAAGGUGGACGGGAAGGGGGUGCCGAGCAGUGUGAGGGAGCCGAUUCGGCCGUUGUUGAAGGGGAGUGAGCAGGAGGAUGAGAUGGGGAAGGCGAAGUUAUGA